AUGAGCUCUGCAUCUGCAUAUGGUGUGGACGGGCAAGCAAGGUCGUUGUGCCCGCUGUAUCACCCAUCGCUGAACUCCCAAGAGUUUCACCGCUUUCUCAUCGGAACUGCCAACCUUUCGGCGGAGAACAAAAUUCAUCUCAUCGAGUAUCAGGACGCCACGAAGUCGCUAGAGUGUGCCGCAGUAUGGCCACACAACGAUCCAGUGAUGGGGCUGUGGUGCUCGCCGUCUCUUUCGGCCGACAGUCUUCUCGCUGUUUCCUCGCUGCAGCAGUUGGAGAUUUUUCGAAUUUCUGAGAAUGUGAUGAGUGAGCCUAUGUGCAUUGCCACAGUGAGGAAAAGGUACAGCCUUGUGCUAUGGGAUUUGGACGGGCUCCAAAGCGAAUUCAAGGGAGUCCACCAAAACACGCUCGCCACAAUCUCCUUGAGCUCUUCUAAACUCGGUUUAGAGACGGUCAGUUACACAAGCAGUGAGGGCUCUAUUCGCUGCGCUGCCCUAGCUCCUUACGACCCCACCCUCUGUCUUAUUUCUUGUGAUAAUGGACUGCAGCUCAUUGAUUUGCGCAGCAAAAAAGCGUCCCCCUUCGCAGCUACCAAGUACAGCCAUGGUUUCGGUUACUCAACGGCAGUUGAUUUUGAUCGCUUAAAGCCAGGGCAAUUCCUUUCCGCAGGCACAGACGGCUACGUAUACAUUCACGACAUUCGCUACAAUACCUCCUGUUCUCUUGCAAUGCUGCAGCAUAUGAAAGCACAUGAGCACACAGUGCAAGGCUGCCAAUUCAACUCAUUUCGAGAUGAGCUUGUUCUGUCGUGUAGCUCUGAUCAAACUCUCAAGUUGUGGGAUCUUGAGCAGAACAAUGAACCAAAGUGUCUCCGCCGACUAGCGGACUAUGGAGACAGCGUUGUUGCCCUCUGCUGGAGUAGCAAUAGCCCCUGGGUGUUUGCAGGUCUGUCCUUCAAUGGAAAACUCCUUGUCGAUACCGUUCCUAAUGAAAAGAAAAUGAGCAUUUUGCUCGACGAAAAGAAGUGGUCUGAAGCCUGA